AUGAUACCCUAACAAACAUUAUUCAAGACUCCUAAGUAAAGACAAAUAACCACAACAGCAAGUAGCAAUACAUAUUUUCUUAAUUCAUAAAGAAAAUUAAAGUAGUCUUUAAAUAUAUAUUAAGCUUCCUUACAACAAGCAGUCUUUAAUCAAUUUCAUAUAUUCAUACAAGUUAAGUAUUAAAUUAAACUCCUACACUUAAUGAGAUCAAAUAAGUUAAAAAGGAAUAGAAUCAGAUUUAAACUAUAUCUCCAUCUUUCAUGGAGCUUUAUGAUGAAUUUGAGAAUAAUUACAAAAUUGUUUAAAAGAUUAAAACUGAUCUCAAUAUCUCAUUGGAUAUAAAGUCAGAAGAGAAACCUCAUUAGAAUUAAAUAAUAACCUAAAAUUCAAUUAAGAAUCCCUCUCAAGCAGAAACUCGAAUAGCAAAUUUAUAGUUUUGUGAUAUUGAUUAAGAGUUGAAUUAGAGAUUACAUAUAAAUCGCUUUAAAUUUUAUUAUUUUCGAGCUUCCAUAUCGAAAUAGUAAUCUCCUCUAUUACUAACAAUUUAAUUUGAAAAUCAAAUAAAUUCUGCAUAAUAUAAAUUAUAUCUCUCUACUUAACAUGAAUUUCCAACUAAAUUUAAUGCAGAACAUAAUCUCACUUCAAAUAUUUGUAAAAUCUAUACAAAUAAUCAUGAAAGUAUAUUUUAAGAAAAUUAUCUUUACAUAACAUUUUAUACAGAAAUAGAUGUUAUUGUAAGAAUUAAAAUAGUAUUUGGUUGGGUUUAAUAAAAUAAAUCACCAAAAAAAUAAAUAAUAAAAAAAGAAUAUCCAAAAUUUCCUGGUUUAAUAGCAAAUACAAAAAUGGAUUUAAUAAAAAGAAAUCUUGAUACAAGUUAAUUUUAAUUAACAAGAAGAACUGAUCUAUUAACAGAAUUACUUGUAAAAUCAAUUAAAUAUAAAAUAGAGUGAAAGAGAAUAGAAAAGAAAGUAAGUUCUUUAAAAAAAAUAAGAGAUUGAUUGUGAAUAAAAGAUUAAAUUAAAAACUUAAUAUAGUGCAUAAAUGUUAAGAAAUGAUUAUAGAUUAUUUGAAAAAGUUUAUAAAUUAAAACUAAAUAAAAAAAUUUAGGGAGAAUUGUUUUGGGCUCAACUCAUAAAUUUAAUUAGAUUUAUUGCUCAACUUAAAGUUAAAUUAAUAGUAAUAGAAUUAUUUUAUAUUAUUAGCAAUUUAAAAGUAGAAUGAGUAUUAAAGCUAAUGGAAGAAUUAAAGCAUUAAGAUGUGGAUUAAAUUUAUUAAUAAAUAUAAGAAAGUUUGGACCUACACCAGAAAGAAGAUCAUUUUGUAAAAGUUUAUUAGCAAUACAGAUGUUUAGUGCUUAAAUUCAAUUUUUAAGAAAAAAGAAAGCAUAAGAAAUUGCUACAUCUUUUAUUAAAGAAUGUAUUUCUAUUAUACAUUUAGGACAUAGAUUAUUAAAGACUAGACAUUAUGGUAAUAAUAUAAAUAUAUUAAUUUAGUAAUAAUAUUGUAGAAUAAGUUUAGAUUCUUUUAAAGAUAAAAGAAAAAGUAUUAUGAAGAAUUUUGGCAAUUAGUGAUAAGAAACUACAAAGAAAUUAUAAGAGGUUUAACAUAAAGUAGUUAAAAAUAGAGGAGUAGAAGUUAAAAAUAAAUUUAUGCUUUUCAAAUAGAUAAUCAAAUGAUGCAAUUUUAGAUUGAUAAUUAUUAUUAAAGGCAAAAAUAGAUAUGGUUAGCAUUUAUAAGACAAAAGAUUUAAGAUAAAUAAUUGACUAUUUAUUUAAAUGAUAGAAAAAGUGAUGAGAUUAGAAAAGCCUUGAUUAAAUUUUAAGAGCCUAAACUAUUCUAACUUCCACAAAUUAAUGAAGUAGCUGAAAUAAUUGAGCUCUAUGCAAAAAAUAAAAAAAUGAUUUGA